AUGUUUUCCUUGAGGCAAAAGUGGAAAUCAAUUGGGCAAAAAGACAUCGAGCCAGCAAAAGAAGACGCAUCCAAUUCAUCAUCAAUCUCCAGUGCCAGUGGCCAGCCCUCGCUGCAGCAGCAGCAAUCUAUUUAUCAGCACGCACCAAGUGAAGUAUUUGAUAUAAAGCUGGAAGCUGGAGGUGGCAGCGCUGAGCGUCUCAGAAUCCCUGCCAAUGAACCAUCUUCUCAUGUAUCGUCAACUUCAGACCAUUCAAUAGCGAAACAACCAUCCACAAAGCCUAUCGACAUCAAGUAUUUUGUACCUAAGAACAUUGAACCAGAAGGCUUGUCUCAAAGUGUCAUGAUAUCUGACCAUGACUACAUACACAGACAGCUAGUAAAACGCUACAAGAGGAACGAAGGUCAUGGAUUAACCUCCCAGCACACAGCACUUUAUCAGGAAACCAUACAAGAGUCAAGCAAUGAAGACCUUGGCUACCUAUCAACAGAUGAUGAGUACAACGAGGAGGAUAGCCUUUCUGUUGCUGCGGCAAUUGCAAAUAGUCUCUUCUCCAAAUCUGCUCCUUUGUUAUCCUCAAUGUCAAACUACCCAAGAUAUGCAUGGUCUACCAUUGCGCUUCCGAAUCAAGAUCACAACACCAAGAAUGAUACCUUUAGCCCAUUAUUUCCCAUUAAAGAGGAUCAAUGCAGCAGCAAGGCAGAGCUUCAGUUGAAUAAGGAUCAAGUGGAGGUAUAUAUGAAUCAGGACUUUGAUGCCAAUGGGGAGAAACAAUUGGAGGCAGCAAAUGAGAAAGAAUCGAAAGAGUGGAUAGAAGAGGCCAAUAAGUGCUAUGGAGAGGUAUCAGCAGAGGAGAGGAAGCUUUUCCUUGAUCAACUUUGUGCUGCAAACUUGGAAACUCCAUGGGACAGAGCACACAGAACUGAAUACGCCGUCGAGAGAUUGAAGAAGAACGAGUUUAUUCAUGCCUUGUUCAAACGCCAUGCUGUUCCUAUGAAGGUGACAAACAUUUCUCGAAAUUUGCGCUUCAAGCAGAUCCAACACCGCCUUCACAACCCCAAUAUUUUAUACAUGCAAUACAUACGAAACACUCAAACGGUAUUUGCGAUUUUCAGAUGCUAUACCGAGAUGAUGAAAGUGAUUGACCGCUUGAAUUGUACAACAAUCUCUGGCAAAAAGAUAGUGUGUCGCCCAAGCAGUUACGCGGAAUACGAUAAAGCGUGUGAAGAUGAACUCAACAGAAAAUUCAGACAAAAGAAAAUGAAAGCAGCCAAGAAAAGUGGUAAACGCAACAAAAAGGCAAAAAAAUCAAACAACAAGUACCAAAAAUCAGCAGCAUCUAAACUCGCAUAUACCAAUAACAAUGCAAAGCAGCAGAACAAUGCAAAGGAGCGUACAAAGCAACCUAAAUUGAAAAACUAUAUCAGUAGCCAUCAUCUUUCUUCACCGGCAUACUUUUAUCCCUGUUACUGUGUUCAAUGCACCAAGUUAUUCCCUUACUCUGCUAAAAAUUGA